AUGUGUUUAUUGCCAGAGGCAGGCACGAGGCCUAAGUUUGCUCAGCUUUACAUUUUUGACAAAGAGAAUGAAAUUCAAAAUAAAAUUGAUGCCGUUAGGUCUGGAAACAACUUUAACAAUCUUGACCCAUAUAAUGUGGCAUCGUUGAGAGAUAUAAUUGAUGGUAACAAUGUACUUGCACAGUCGUACCGAGCUGUUCGAGAUCGGCCGGAGGAUCGUCCAGACCUUCUAUGUGGUGUGUUCAAGAUGAAACUCGAUAUUAUGAUGACAGAAAUCAAGAAGGUCGUAUAUUCGGACAUAUUAGAGCAUAAACGCGGUCUACCGCAUGAACAUAUUUUGUUGUGGUUAAAUAAUGACGACAAACCGAAGAACCCAGAAUAUAUUGACCGGAUCAUAUGUGCUGAAAUUCCUGACGAAGAAACCGACAGAAAGAUAUACCACGCACUGAGUGAGAUGCAGAUGGUUAUACUGUUUACAAGAGAAGGGAAUAUGCUACUCAACCAAAACAAGUCCAUCAAAUACAUGUUCAAGUACGUCAACAAGGGCCAGGAUCGUGUUACGGCGGAAUUUUAUGAAACACGCAAUACAGAUGGCGAUGCUGAGAUUCGUGACGAGAUAAAGAUGUACUAUGAUUGCAGAUAUCUUUCGGCAUGUGAGGCCAUGUGGAGGUUGUUUACUUAUGAUAUUCAUUACAGAGACCCAUCCGAAAUUAGGCUAAGCUUUCAUCUGCCCGAUCAUCAGCCUCUGGUCUUCAAUGAAAACUUGUCCUUAUAA